AUGAAUCGCUGGACUUCGAUUUUGCUGAUUUUUUUCUUGAUUUCCCUUGUUCCAUGUCAAUCCAAUGCAUCUUUUCUUGUGUUGUUUAGAAAAUUAAUACAGGUUAAUCACAAAUCACAGUCACAACCCAUAAAAUCCGAUCAGAUGUCUCCAUCGCCAAGCCCAGUUCCAUCGGCUAAUUCAAAUACUAGGGAUGCUCAAAAUCCAGUGAAUCAGCCAAAGUCAGAGAUAUGUGACAUGGUGUCUAAUAAGUGCGACAUUGCAGGAUACAAAAUCACAGCAUGUGUUCCUUCUCUUGGAAAAGGGUCUGGAGGAUCAUACAUGCUUAUCCUGAAUGAUUUUGAGAGCUCUCUUAGGCUAAAUAUUGCUGUUCGUCCCAUGAACGAAAUCCUGGAAAAUAUAGAAAUUCCCGAUCACCAAGUCAAGAAGGUAAAUUUGCCAUCAAAUACAGAAGGAAUCUCUUCCAUUUUGCUAAGUACUGGAAACGGGAAUUGUGUGAUUCAUGUAGGAGAUGCAGGAUCAGAAGGUUUUUAUACCACAUAUUUCACGCCAGUCAGCGGAACAUACCUAUUGUUUGCUACAGGUUUGCUUAUAGCAGGGAUAUGGGCAUGCUGCAAGUUGGGGAAAAGGGGACGACAUCUCGAUGGAGUCCCAUAUCGGGAACUUGAAAUGGGGCAAAAAGACUCCAAAUCUUCCUCGAGUGUUGGAACAGCUGAACAUUGGGAUCAAAGUUGGGAUGAGGAUCGGGAUGAAGAGAAGGCAAUGAAAUCACCACGAGGAAGUCAUGUGGGAAAAAGAUUGCGGAAUGGUUCCACUUUGAGGAUUAACGACAAUAGCCUGCAAUGCCCGAAAACCACUGAUCGCCUUAGCGAGUAA